AUGGCAGCAGCUGGUAAUCCACCUCCAAAACCGUGGGAACGAGCAGGAGCUUCAUCUGGCCCAGUGCCUUUUAAGCCGCCCUCUGGUGGUAGCACCAGUGAUGUUGUUGAAGCUUCUGGGACAGCCAAACAUGGAGAAGUUGUUUCUGCUGCUGGGAACAAUGUUGCCUCCAAUGUAAACAGCAACAUUUCAGUGCCUGUGCCCCCAAGGCCUUGGCAGCAGCAAGGCUAUGAAAAUUCUUAUGGGGGUUAUGGCUCCAGUAUGUAUAGCUCUUAUGGCGGAUAUAGUGGACCCUAUGGAAAUAACAUGUAUUCAGGUUAUGGAGGAAGUUAUGGCAGUAUGUAUGGAGGUUCUGGAAUGUAUGGUGGAUCAAUGUAUGGCGGUGGAAUGGGAGGACCCUAUGGUGGUUAUGGUAUGGGCGUGAAUCCUUAUAAUCAGGGACCGAAUUCAUUUGGGCCCCCUGCACCACCCCCUGGUUCCUGGGUGUCCUUCCUACGAGUGAUGCAUGGUGUUGUAAAUUUCUGUGGGAGGGUUAGCUUCCUUAUUAGCCAGAACACACAGGCAUUUCACAUGUUCAUCACUGCACUUUUGCAGUUAUGUGAUCGGGCUGGAAUGCUUUAUGGUGAGCUUGCAAGAUUUGUUCUACGUUUGCUCGGGAUCAAAACAAAACCAAAGAAGGGUGGUGUUAAGGGCGCAGGAGCUCCAUCAUCAGAGGGACGAGGCCAGCAGUUUGUUGAGGCACCGAAAGCUAACUCCUCAUGGGACAGCGUCUGGACUGAGAAUGGCAAGGGGAAGUAA